GUCCGGGACGUGCGCGCUCCCGCGUGCUGCAGACUGCUGAAGUAGGCUAGUCGUCCCGCGGCUAGCCGUUAGCUGCUGCUCGUGUCCGCGCUCCUGUUCACGGCGUCCUCCGGUUCUAGCAGCGCACACAGAACUGAUAACCGGGGGUUUAUUCGGGGAUAUCGAUCUACGAUCAGGUGGAUCUGAUCCACCAACUGUCACCAAGUCGGAUAGCUAACAGUUAGCCUCGCAGCCAAAAUGGCGGACAACGAGGAUGACAGCAGUUUGAGCAGAACAAUAACAGCCGCGCAGCCUCCGGGCUCUGACGUCCAACCUCCCGGUGCUGAGACCAGUCCAGAGCCAGUACCCGGUGCUGAGCCCGGAGCUCAGCUGGUGGACUUGUUGCAGAGCUGCCCGGACGAACAGAACUUCCUGGUGGGCACGGACUUCAGCAGCCUCGGGCCGGACCUGGUGAACACCACCAUCAUCUUCGUGCAGCCGGACGGCAGCCUGGUGGAGGGCUCCGGGCUGAGCCCCGAGGAGCAGCAGGCGCUGCUGGAGCAGCUCACCAAGCAGCAGAUCGUCCAGGUGUCCGACACCGAGGCGGCCCAGCUGCUCCAGCAGAGCCAGCUGGUCAAGACCAUCCCGAUCCAGAACACGGCUCUGGACCCGAGCCAGCUGCAGCAGGUCAUCAACCAGGUCACCAAGUCCCACCAGCAGGUCCAGGUCCAGGUCCCCCAGCAGGUCCAGGUCCCCCAGCAGGUCCAGGUCCAGGUCCCCCAGCAGGUCCAGGUCCCCCAGCAGGUCCAGGUCCAGGUCCCCCAGCAGACGGUGAAGCAGAAGGUCCAGCUCCCCCAGCAGCCCCUGAAGCAGAAGGUCCAGGUCCCCCCUCAUGGUCUGAAGCAGCCGGUCCAGGGCCCUCAGCAGAACCUGAUGUCCACCCCUCAGAACAAUGCGUCCCAGCAGCUGAAGAGCGUGGCCCAGCAGGUGGCCCUGCAGACCGGGGGACAGGUGCAGCUGGUCCAGAAGAAGUCGGAGCCCGUCAGGAUCCAGAUCCAGUUUCCCCCCAAAAAGGAAGUGAAGUCUGUGUCGAGCCUCCAGCAGAAGAGUCAUGUGACGCUCUCGGCCAAUGGGAGCAAGAGCAGCGCUCAGAUCAUCCACAUCCAGCCUGUGGUGGGUCAGCCGGGUCAGCAGUUCUUCCUGCAGCAGAACCUGGGAGACCCCCCCAUCCAGCUGCUGCUGCAGAGCCCCGCCCCCAUCGUGGGAUCUCUGCUGCCAGUAGUCCACAAGCUCACAGGCCAGACAUCCCCAGCAUGCACUGUUUCCAUCCAGAAACCAGCAGCAUCCCCUAUCAGAGUCCAGACCGCCGCCCCGCUCAGUAAGACCCCGACUAACGGUAAGAGUCCAGGUAAACCACCUGCCGUCAUCGCGGUGGUCCCAGUAGAGACCGCCACACCUGCUGUUGCCCGCCCCGCCACUGUGGUCCCGCCCCAAGCCGCCAAGGACAGAGACCGGGAGAAAGAGAAGAAGGCGAAGAAGAGCGAGAAGAGGACCGUGAAGGUCCAGACCAGAUCUGGUCGAGUCUCCAGACCGCCCAAGUACAAAGCCAAAGACUACAAGUUCAUAAAGAUGGAAGACCUGGCGGACAGCCACCAGUCGGACUCGGACGACUACUCCGACAUGAGCGUGGAGGAGGAGGACGGCGAGAGGAAAGAUGGCCCCGCCCCCGGCGUCUCUCUGACCUACAGCCACAAGUCCCGGUCCCACCGCUGCCAGACCUGUGACAAGGCCUACAUCGGUCUCGGAGGCCUGAACCGGCACUACAAACUGAACCCGGAUCAUGGAGAGACGAAUCUGCCCGACAACACACCACACCCCCUCAGAGAUGAUGGCCAAUCACAGAAGACCAAAACAGGAGGUGUCAGUGAGGAGGAAGAGGCGGAGGAGGAGAAGGAGAAGGAGAAGAAAAAGAAGGAGGAUGAGAAGGAGAAGAAGACGACGACUGAGGACAAACCUUUUGAAACGGCAUUAAACCGAGUGGAGGGGGGUCCAGCAUCAGCUGUAGGACUCAGGGGCCUCCAUCCCCGGGGCCCCGGUAGGCCCCGGGGACGGGGGCGAGGCAGGGGGCGGGGCUGUGGGCGGGGUCGGUCACUGGGACCGCUUCCUAAAGUGACGGUGGGCCUUGUCAGUAAGCGUGGCCGUCGUGGUCGACCUCCAAAGCUCGCUGUCAGUUUGGUUACCGCGGAGCAGCAGGUGGAGCGGAGACGUGAACAACUGCAGGAGCUGGUGGAGCAGUGUGAGGAUGAGGAGCUGAUGGACAUCGUUCUUCCUCGUUUGACUAAAGUGUUGAGCUUGUGGGAGUUUCUUCUGGCAAAGGUGGAGGGCAGCGGUCCUGCUCGGACUUGGUUUCCAGACAUUUACCGUGAGUUUGAGUCCCUGCAGGCACAAGUAAGACAGGCGGCUCAGGAUUACAUCAUCAGCCCGCAGGGCGGAGCUCUACCACUGGAGGUCAGGAAUAUUGAGGUUGCCAAGUCUCUGGGAAUCCUAGACGAGGUGAACAGGAUGAAGGUGGUUCCUGGAGCGUCUCCCAGCUCCAGUCUGACCAAUAAGAACGUCCGAUACAUGGAGAAUUCCAAGAUGCUGCCGCCUUCCAAGAGAUUCAAGAUGGAGAAAAGCAUCCCGAUCCACCAGAAUGGCAUCGACACUCACAAAUCAGAUGGGACCACAGUGACCCCUGUGACCUCCUCGCUGAAGCCCUCCUCGGUCACCGUUUCUCCUGUGGUGAUUCCAGCUGGAUCCAAACUGCAGACCACUAGUGCUGACCAUUCCUCCAGCUCCUCUGGUUCCAUCUCUGCUAUGGUGCCCUCCACCCAGGCUCCGCCUCCUGCCAUGCCCAUGGAGGUGACCCCGGGUGAGAACCUGGGGUUGGAGCCUCUGCAUGUCAAGGUAAAGUCCUUGCAGACGAACCAGGUCUUGAGCUCCAGUGACAUCACAGCCCAAAUAAAGGAGCUUGAGAAAGCUCUGGGUUCAAGUCCUGAAACCAACACAGACUCAAAGAAACCUGAAUCCAGCUCAGUCCAGACUGUGGCUUCCUCUGAGCUCCAGCAAAGGGAUUCCACCCUAUCCGAGUCAAGCUCAGCGGACCCCUGCCAGUCCAAAGAACUUCAGGAGGGUCAAGAGAUCUACAUCCAGACCGAGGGCCUGACGGUCCAGUUGGCAGAGCCCAGUGGAGACCGAAUCAUGAUUCUCAACAGUCCAGACGGGACCACCAUGCACAUCGAGACCCCAGAGGGGGUCCCAUUGGAGGCGGUCCAGGCCCUGCUGGGCAUCGAGGCUUCAGACGAAGCCAAAGCUCCUCAGUGAUCCCUGACCAGAAUCUAACCUGAACCACAUCACACUGAGAAGGAGUUACUGGAUGUUUUAGGUGGUAUUUAUAAGGUGUAUCAAUGUGGGUGUAAUGAACACAUCCGCCUGAAGGGGGCGCUACCAGACUGCUGGUGUGGGGUUUGAACAUGUUCCAGUUCAACACCAGAUGACAAACUGGUCUUCCUUCAUCAGGCUGAACUUUACGCUUUAGAAACCAGUUUCAACCUGAAGUCUUUCUUCCAGACCAUCAAACAACAAAGAUAUCAAAGUGUCAGAUUCCUCCAGAUAACCUGAUCAAUAAAUCCUGGUCAACAGAUUCACGUUAUUAAAUCGAGAUGUUCUGUCGUGUGUUCUCCGACGGCGCCUUCAGGAGGACCAGGAACCUCCUGCUGUUUUUUUUUUUUUUAAGGAAUCUGAAGUGAUUGUAAAUGUGUAAACUAGUCCCCCGUGUUUCAGUCAUUGAACAUGUCCAUUUCAAAUAGAUACUGAUUAGUUGGCUGUUUAUAUGUAGGAUAUGAAAAACAAAGUUUGAAAAAAAGUUGCACUAUUUUAUUACUUUUUAUAAAACAUGCAUUUUUCCAAUGUGACUGGACAUUUGUACUUGUUUGAGGAUCGACAUUAAACGCACUGAACGGAGGAAAUCACA